UGACUUCGCAGUCGCAAUACACAGAGACUUUCUCUCAAACAUGGAGGAAGAAAACAAGCCAGGCAAGUCUGAUGAGUCGGAGAACUGGAUUCAAAGCUCGAGAGAUCCUACACAGCCGCCGGAGAAUUUAGAGUCUGCCGGCGCAGGAGGUGGAGGUGGAGGCGCUAGGUACAAGCUGAUGUCUCCGGCGAAGCUCCCGAUCUCGCGGUCGGCGUGUAUCACGAUCCCUCCGGGUCUUAGUCCGACCUCAUUUCUUGAGUCUCCGGUUCUGCUAUCUAAUGUCAAGGCUGAGCCUUCGCCUACAACAGGUUCAUUUAAUAAGACCCAAUUGGUGCAUGGUUCGGUUGGCUUGAAUUCCUAUUCAGUGCAUACAGUUGGCUCCAGGACCUUCACAGAAAGAAAAUCAAGCUUUGAAUUUUGGCCCCAUGCUAGAUCAAAUAUGGUGCAUGCAGGUUUGAACCACCAGAAAAGUGAACUAUCUGUCCCAACCCAAGGUCAUUGUUCUUCUCCACUUGCAUCACCACCUUCAAUUAAAAGUGAGCACGCAAUGUCCUCAAAUGAGUUGAGUCUAUCAUCACCUGUUCAUAUGGUUACAUCAGCAGCGAGUCCAGCUGCCGAAGUUGAUUCAGAUGAACCAAACCAGAUAGGAAUUGUGAACAGUGGGCUCCAGGCAUUACAAACUGAUCAUAAAGGUGGAAGUGGGGCUUCUGCGGCAUCUGAUGAUGGAUAUAACUGGCGUAAAUAUGGACAAAAGCAUGUUAAGGGAAGUAAAUUUCCUCGCAGCUAUUACAAAUGUACACAUCCUAACUGUGAAGUGAAGAAGUUAUUUGAACGAUCUCAUGAUGGACAUAUAACGGAGAUUAUUUACAAGGGAACACAUGAUCAUCCCAAACCUAUACCUGGACGCCGAUAUAAUGCUGGUUCUGCCAUGUCCACUCAGGAUGAAAGGGCUGAUAAGGUUUCAUUUGUAACUGGUCAAGAUGGUCAGGAAGACAUCUCCCUUGGCAUAUAUGGCCUGAUAUCUCAAACUGUCGAGCAUAAUGCUACCCCUGAACUUUCUCCUGGUACUGCAAACGAUGAUAGUCCUGAAGGUGCAGAGGUUGAUGAUGACGAUCCCUUCUCGAAACGGAGGAAGAUGGAUAUUGAAGGAAUUGAAGUCACUCCAGUGGUUAAGCCCAUCCGAGAGCCACGUGUUGUUGUUCAAACUCUGAGUGAGGUUGAUAUUCUGGAUGAUGGGUACCGUUGGCGCAAAUAUGGACAGAAAGUGGUGAGAGGGAAUCCUAAUCCGAGGAGUUAUUACAAGUGCACAAAUGCUGGAUGCCCUGUCAGAAAACAUGUGGAGAGAGCAUCACAUGAUCCAAAAGCAGUUAUAACCACGUACGAAGGAAAACACAAUCAUGAUGUACCAACUGCGAGGAAUAGUAGCCAUGGCAAUGCUGCACCAUCAAUGAUGAACGGACCUUCAAGGAUUAUAUCACAAGAAAGCAAUGCAAUUAGCCUUGAUCUUGGUGUCGGAAUAAACUCUGCUGCUGAACAUCGAUCCAGUGAGCAGCAACAACCACUGCAUCCUCACGGCAUGCAAAGCCAAACCCAAACUAGCUGUUCCAUUUUCACAAUGGGGCAGGCAACACCAGUCGCUCCUUACUAUGUUCUGAACGGUGGUGUGCAUCAGUAUGGAUCUAGAGAAAACCCAAGUGAAGGCCGGAGUCUUGAAAUCCCAACGUUAAACCAUUCUUACCCGUAUCCGCAAAAUACAGGAAGGUUAUUAACUGGUCCAUAAAUUUGUUUACAGUGAAGCAAAUGAAAUAAAAAUUUCUGUGGAUUUUUUUCUUGCUUUCCUAGUUGGUAGAAUACUAGAAUAUAGCGUGGCCUAGAAUCAGAACUGGAAAGUAUCAGUUGUCCUUAAUGUUCUAGUUUACUGAGAACUGAUCCAGCUACUAACGUAUAACUAUGUCGCGGAUUGCCUCUGUGUAUUACAUUUCUAUGAGCUUGAUUACCCUUGUAUAAAUAUGAAAAUAAUACAGGUAUUAUCUGAUGAAAGAAACUUUUUU